UUAACUAAUAAGUUACUAGUCAUCUGGCUAAGUUCAUUUCACAGGCAGCUCUUCAGGGCCGGAGGAGAAUCUUGCUCCUUUGACAGCAGCCGCUGAAGGGGUGUGGAGGAAAUGAAGAAGUUCCAAAGGAGACAGGAUCGUUAUUACAGUUUAUAGCUGGAGGAAUUAAAAAGGGGAGGUGUCUCUCACCAUCCUCCUGCUUAUGUCCAGGAAAGGUGAUCAGGGCUGCCAGCCCUCCUCCUGUAUAAAAACCCAGGACAGGUCUGGGAUCAUGUAUACAGGGAUCUAUGCUGGUACAUCUUUACAGCCCAUCUGGAAAAGAGAUCAUGGGAUUCCUGAAUUUCCUAGUUCUGCUCUCACUGUAUUUUGCUGCAGUCGCUUCAGAGGAAGGAAGCCACUGGUGCUAUCUGUCGCAGCGGUGUCAAAACCAACACUGUCUAGAACCACGCCACUGGGAACAGGAAUUCGAGGUGUGUGGAAAAAGUCAACAGUCUCCUAUCAACAUCCUCACCAACGAUGUGAAAUACGACUGGGACCUCAAGCCAUUCAAGUUUGAAAAAUACAACACCAAGCCAGAAAAACUCUGGAGAUUAGUAAAUAAUGGCCAUACAGUCCAAGUGCAGCUUGAUGGGACAGCAACGAUCGAGUCGGGUGGCCUCCAGGGGAAAUACAAGGCCAUGCAGUUCCACUUCCACUGGGGAGACAGCGAAGGGAAGAAUAGCAGGGUGAGCCCUGGAUCGGAGCACAGCAUUGACGGGCAGAGAUAUGCCAUGGAGCUUCAUAUCGUCCACAUCAAGGAAAACAUUCCCACCAUAGAGGAGGCGCUCUCCAAAAAUGGCGUAGCAGUGCUGGGCUUCUUUAUAAAGGUUGGCAAAGAAAAUGACUUCUACGAACCUUUCAUUUCAAAGUUAAAAGAUAUUCCUUUCAAAGGCAACACAACUGAUAUGGGGGCUUUGUGCCUGGAAGCCCUCAUCCCUAAAAAGUCAGCCCUCGACAGCUUUUAUCGGUACACCGGCUCACUGACCACACCUGGGUGCAAUGAGGGAGUCACCUGGACUUUGUUUGAGACACCUAUUGAACUGAGUCUCCUGCAGAUCCAAGAAUUCUGGAUGAAGCUCUAUUUUGGCACAGACAAAGAUGCGCCAAUGGUGGAUAACUUUCGACCCACUCAGCCUAUUGGUGGACGAAUUGUCUACAAGUCAGACUCAAAUGCACUUCUAGCUCCAGGAAAAAUAUUGCUACUAAUACCAACAGCAACAUACUUCGCUCUCACUCUCAUCCAGUGAAGGGUUGGGCAGAUUUUAAAUGGGUUCUUAAUUGCAAAGCCCCCAAUCUGAAAACACGCUUGGCUCGUGUGCAGCUGAUCCUCACCCACCAAUGGGGGAUUCUGCUGAUCAGAAGAGCCUGCCACCUCACUAGCUUCCACCAUGCAGAAGCAAUAGCCACCUAUCAUAAGGCUAAAAACAAAUUUGAGACCACUUCUUUGAACUGAUUGAAAGAUUCCUAACUGAUUAAUCCAACUGAUUAUGUGACUAAGCAUGGCAGGCAUGUUGGAGACUAAUUUGUUAAGCGCCUAACUAAUCUGGAUUAUUGCCUUGCGUACAAGAAUUGGCAUUUUACUGAAUCUUUAACUAUUAUACGUAACAGUCACUCUGAGAUGGGAAAAUUUCUGAUGACCUUUGGUUAACACAAAGAAACUAAGCUUGACCUUGCAUCAAUGCAAUGUGACAUUGGCCAUGUAUGAAUGUCUCAUUAAACCAUAGUUUAGUGUGACAAGAAAGAAUAGCAGCAAGGAGGAGUUUGGAAGUUUCUGCUACUGUUUUCCAAACCAGUAGUUAACUCUUGUUUGUUUGAAGCCAUAAGUUUGAAGCUAUAGGUUAUGAAGCUGGCAUGUUUAACAUUAACAUAGUUAACGUUAACAUCUUAAACUGUGGUAAAUAAAAACCAGAAGCAAAAACUUCUAAUCUGCUCCCUAUGGCCAUGAGGGAGGAAAAGGGAGGAGUGUAGAAGCAUGAUGCAGCUCAUUCUUGUCAUGAAAACAAUAGUUUAGCCCAGCCCCCAACCUUUGGUCACCAUGUUGUUGGACCAAAACUCUCAUCAUCCCUCAACUGUUGGAUAGAUCUGGCUGGGGCUGAUGGGAACUGGAGUCAAGCGGCAUCUGGAGACUCAAGGGUGGGAGAAAGAGGGUUUAGCAUAAGAACUGAAUGUGACCAUCAGCAAUCACCACUGACUUUUUGCAGGGCUUUAUAUACCAGGAAUACCUAGUCAUGCUUUGGCUUUGAGGUAAAAGGUGUUGCUGCAACACACCUGUUUUGUAGGCACUAUCUUCUUAAAUGCCAAGGCACUGGAGCUUCACCACUGCUUUACAAGCAGACAAAUGGUUUUCUUAUUUGUACUUUACCCACUUAAUUGUCAAAAGCUUUAAUAAAGGCUGAGAAAAGUGUAUGAGAUAGAGCUAAAUAAUAAUAUGGAAAUAUUUAUAUAUUCAAAGUCAACACAGUACUGUGGGUUGUAGCCAACUAAUUGCUACUUGGAGUAGACACACUGAAUAUAAUGGACUUAAGUUAAUUGUGUGCAUUAAUUUCAAUGGGUCUCCUCUGAGUAUGUAUAGAGCCCUAUAUAUGUGUUCUUAUAUUAUUUAAGGAGCUUUUGUUCGGGUUGAGGAAUAAAACAAAUAAAAGUUUGACACUGAACAAAGCUGCCUGAUUUCAUCCCUUUACAUUCCUGUUCACCCAUAGGUGUCCCGUGAAGCUUUUCCUGCCAUAACAUAGUGGCUGUUCUUUCAGGAGAG